AUGGUGGUGUCUGGCAACCUGGUGGCUGGCGUGGGCGUCCUGAAGAUCGGGUUCAAGGACUCGGCCUACUCCAUGCCUAACAGCGAGGAGGUGGCGCCCGGCGGGCCGAUCACGUCCUACACACGCACCCACUUCUUCCACCUGGGGGGCAUCACCGACGCCUGGGUGUGGUAUACGGACAGCACCGGCCACCAGUUCCCGGGGAUAAGCGGAUCCCUCACCACCGAAACUGAGACGGUGGAGAGUGCUCCACACCAUGUCCGUCCCCGAUACAUUGGCAAAGACGGGGUGGUGCAGUUCCUGCCUGGCUUGGACCUCAUCUACACCAACGCGCCCCCACCACCCCCGCUCGCCUGA